UUUUAUAGUUGACAACACUUCCGGGUUUAAUGUGGCGUUCCCUUUUCAGUCGCAGGUUGAUGACGUUCCGUUGUUGCUGACGCAGAGACGUUGGCCGCUGCCGCACAGGUGGCUCACAUGCCAGAAAAACACCGACAGUCGUGUUAAAAGCAGGUUUUUUCAUUUCUUCCGUCAUGUCUUGGGUUAAAGCUGCGGCCUUAAGUGCAGACGAUGUGUUCGACGAGAACGGAGACGAGCUUAAUUUACAAAGUAGGGAGUGGGCGUCCAACAUGAAGAGGAGAAUCAAGGAUGGUUAUGUAGAUGGUGCUGAUGCCGGAGAGGAGGCCUCUCUUCCAGAGGGAUUCGUCCUGGGAUACAGAGAGGGAGCAGCUCAGACUGUGGCUGUGGGCCGACUUAGAGGAAUCGUCAGUGCUAUAUUGUGCUGGUGCCAGAUCCAGCAUCCAGAAGCCCCUGUCCCGGCCUCUGUGACUGACCUACUGCAGCAGGCGACGCAGCACGAGAAUCAAAUCCUAGACCGUAUCAAGAAUGAGUUGGAGAAUCCUCCUCCCAGCGUGAGCACCGUCUCUGAGAGCAUGGAGGAUCUGGAGAUGGGACAGGCGGAUCCAGGCUGCUGUGGAGAGGGAUGCAAAGAAUCAAACUGCUGCAAAGCAGAAAAAAUGGACAUGGAUGUUCAUCAGCAGCCGCAAAAUCUUUGCUCAGGGGCCAGUGACUGCUCCUCCAGCUCAAGUGAAAGCCUGAGCGUCCUCCUGCAGCGAUGUGUGGACCUAGUAACAGAGCUGGGACUACCUCAGGAGAUGAUCAGUCACAUACAGGAGCUGAACAACAUGUAGUGGUCAAAACUGCAAGGGAACUCGAUUAAAACGUGUUCAAAUGACGAUGACUUGACUGAGCAGUGAAAAAGGAUUUAGUAUGAUUUUUUUUUUUCAUUUGAUGUACAUAUAAUGUAAAAUAUAAUCUUGAAUUUUUGUAUUUUCAUAUUUUCUUCCAAGAUAUUUUGAAAAUAAACACAAGCUACCUACAACAUA